CAAGUUAUUUAUCUGUCUUAUUUAUUUAAAGACAUGUUUUAUAUGUAGCUGCAGAAAAAAAAACCUCACUACGCUCAAUAAGCUGGAUCUAUUUGCCACCUUCGUCUGUACUCCUGGUUUUCUAAAACUGUAGACACCGGCCGGGUCCUGGAGGUUCCCCUUGAGACAGGAAUAGCCCCAUGAUUUCAUGAAUGAGGGACCUGCAGGGUAAGAGACUCCAUUUCUGAGUCGACUCUGGAUCUGGAAAACUUAUUGGACCUUGCUCUGACCAAAGAGCUUUGAUAUGGGAUAUUUACUUCAAACAGAUUAACCUGCAAUUAAAAUGAAAAAGAUUAAACUUGUAAGGCUGCACGUUUACUUGGAAACCACUGCACUGCUACAGUGAAGUGAGGGAGUGAGUGUGAGAGGGACAGCAGCAGCAGCAAGUGUCAUCUGGUCUUCCAACUUGGGGAGGGCUUUGGAGUUUAAAAUGGUGUGAAUAUGAUAGCCAUCGGUAUAGCUUAUGCAAGUGGAGAUCUGUCUGCACCAUUGAAAGUUGACAGUUCAGAGGCACUAAUCUGACAAAAGGACGGCGUAAAUCAACAACAGCACAAAGAUUUUGGGACAUCAACAGAUAAAACUGUUGUGCUGCACUUUGUGCGUAAAAGAAAAAAAAGGGGGGGACUUUGCCUGAAUCGUUGGCGGCUGCAUGACAAAGAGAGUUGGGAGGACGCAGAGGCAAAAGGGCAAGAGGAAGGCACCAAGGAGGUGAGUGACGGAUUUACCCUCGGAGGGGUAAAAAAGAUGACCGUGGUGUCCCAGGAGAACCACGACGAGACUGUGGUCGUAACUCCUUUGCUGCAAGAUGCUGCGGACUUGGAACCAGCGGACCAGGAGUGCAGCGAGAGGGUGGUCAUCAACAUCUCAGGUCUGCGUUUUGAGACGCAGUUAAAGACCCUGUCCCGCUUCCCGACCACGCUUUUGGGAGAUCCACGUAAAAGGAUGCGUUUCUUUGACCCGCUGAGAAAUGAAUACUUCUUUGACAGGAACAGGCCGAGCUUUGACGCCGUCCUCUAUUAUUACCAGUCAGGAGGGCGGCUUCGGAGGCCCGUAAGUGUCCCUGUGGAUAUUUUCCUGGAAGAAAUAAGGUUUUAUGAACUUGAGGAAGAGGCCAUAGAGCUUUUCCGAGACGAUGAGGGCUUGGCGAGGGAAGAGGAGCGCCCGCUGCCUGAUAACGAGUUUCAACGCCAGUUUUGGCUCCUGUUUGAGUAUCCAGAAAGUUCGGGACCUGCACGGAUAAUUGCCAUCGUGUCAGUUAUGGUUAUCUUAAUAUCCAUUAUUAUAUUCUGCAUGGAGACUUUACCCGAGUUUAGAGAAGUACCCGUAGUCCACGACACUCACGCCAAUGGAAGUGCUCAAGACCAAGCGCCCAGUCCGUUCACUGAUCCGUUUUUCAUGGUGGAGACGCUUUGCAUUGUGUGGUUCUCUUUUGAAUUCACCAUGAGAUUUCUCUCCUGCCCCAGUAAACCAGCUUUCUUUAAAAACAUCAUGAACUUGAUCGAUGUCGUGGCUAUAGCUCCUUAUUUUAUCACCUUAGGCCUUGAUCUCGCAGAGCAUCAGGGCAGCAGUCAGCAGGCUGCGUCUUUGGCCAUACUGAGGGUCAUCCGUCUGGUCCGUGUUUUCAGGAUUUUUAAACUUUCCAGACACUCCAAGGGUCUCCAGAUUCUCGGCCAAACGCUCCACGCGAGCCUCAGGGAGCUGGGACUGCUCAUCUUCUUCCUGAUUAUUGGAGUUGUUUUAUUCUCCAGUUCUGUUUAUUUUGCAGAAGCAGAAGACCCUGAUUCUGGAUUUUCAAGUAUACCUGAUGCGUUUUGGUGGGCUGUGGUGACAAUGACCACAGUUGGAUAUGGAGACAUGUGUCCCUCCACCAUCUGGGGGAAAGUCGUUGGAUCUUUGUGUGCCAUCGCCGGAGUGCUAACCAUAGCUUUACCUGUCCCUGUUAUUGUGUCAAAUUUCAAUUAUUUCUACCACAGAGAGAACGAGGAGGAGGAAAAUAUUCAGUACAUACACGUGACUUGUGGACAGCAGCAGCUCUCCUUUGGUGAAUGUGAUUCAAACAAAAGUAACCAGUCGCUCUCCAAAACUGAUUCCUACCAGGAAAGCGACGACUUGGAAAUUUUGACACAUCCAAACUUAAACCCAGUGGAGGCAUACACAGGGAAACUGACAGAUGUAUAAAACGCACCGUUGGAAGAGGGGUUUUAUUUCUGGAGGCAGACGAUUAAAUGAAGCUUCUUUCUCCCUCAGAGUCGCAACAAAAUACAAGAGUGGGAUUCUCUUCUUCUCCAGAAUAUUGGAUAAUUUCCUCACAGUGCAGUGGAAGUGUUUGGGAAAUGUUCAGUCUGCCUUAAUGGACAUUGUGUGUAUCAAUCAUCAGUAGAAAACAACAACAUUCUUUUGUGUAGCCUUUAUAAAUGACCACGCUUUCUUUGUAUAAAAGCCUUUGUGUAUACUGCGUUUUUGUAAUUCUGAAUUUUCCUUUUUCUUAUGCAGCUUAUAACGCAAAGUUGGAGUCGCAACUUACCUCUGUGUUGUUACAAACAUUCAGAUUGCUUUGCAGCUCGCUGUAAACAACAUAGCUCAGAACAUUACGAUGCAAUGUCUGCAUGACAUGAAUUCAUUGUGAAUUUAAAAUGUAAUAAAAUAUUUAUUUUUCUAA